AUGUCCGCCUUGUUUCGCUCCUGUACACUCACAGCGCUUCAGUACGUGCGCUUGAAGGUGCACAGGCUCGGUGACACUUGCACCCAGCUCUUUGGGAAUAGGAGGAAAGUCGGAAGAAAAGGUUAUUUUAAGGACAGCAAUAACAACAUUUAUUCUCACCGUUACUGUGCAGAAUAUUGUGAAAUUACAGGAAGAUGGCAGAUUCAAUGACCCAGUCCGCCCAGAUAUCAUCGUCGCAGGGGCUUGCCGAUGGACAGAACUCUGUUGCGGCCAAAGACUCAAAAAUGUCGGAUUCCUUUCUUUCCUCUUCGCCUGUAUCUCUCAUUCAGUCUCCUGAAGACAAAGGGGUGGUGCUGGGCUCUGACACACCCUCCUCAGGAGGGGUGGCCACCUCCCUUCGCUUCACCAGGCCCUCUCAACCCGGCUCAUCUUCCGCAAACUACGGGAGUGACCCAUCAUCAGGUCAGCCUGACGGAACGCAAGAUGAUUCACCGAAUGUGACGUCCCCCGUGUCUGAGAGGAUUAAGGCACUUGAGGCCCUGGCAGCAAAGGAGCCCAAGAACGACGGCGGCUUCCCUCACUUCAAAGAGCAUCACUAUGAGACGUCUCCUCCUGAGGCGCCAACAGAGAGCACCUCACCCUUCCAGACAAAAGGAGCUUCCAUUCAUCAGGAAUCGCCAGAAUCCCCCUUUGAGGUCAUGGGAGAAGCCCGACAAGGGAGUGAGUUUGAAGAUACUGCAGACUGGAUGAGAGCUCACUUACCCCCUGUGCCCGACUUUGAAGAUGCUCUUGUAUCAGAGGAUGGCAAAUUACAAGAGAUUAAAGUGGCAGAUAAAGUGAUGCCUGAUGACCCAGAGGCAUUUGCAUGUGUCCCUGACGCUUUCAUGGACUCUCCCAUUGAAAGGCCUAAACUGAAAAAUGUCUUAAAAGACCCAGCGCAGCAGCCUAGCGUCGAGGACGAAUUUGAUCUGAGCUUCCUACCUAAAGCUUACAUAACAGACACCCAAGGCCCCCCUGACCUUCAUUCCGAGCUCACUGCUUCGCCUGCCCCUCCUGCUGGUUUGGACUCUCCCUCUCCCUCCUCUGACUCGAAAGAGAAGGAUUUGAAGACCAAGCAGGCCCCAUGGGGUGGUGACCUGGCGCUCCAAGGGGUAGUCGGCAGCUCAGGAGACUCUGAGGACACCGCCAUCAAGGACACUGCCUCCAUUCUUGGCCCCUCUUUAUCAAGUGAUGCUACACCUGCCCAUAACCCCUCUGUUCCAUCUCUCCCUACUGAAGAAAAGGAAACCCCGCCAGCAAAGCAGCCAAUGCGGGUCCCUACCAUCAAUGUUAUUGAGACGGACGAGCCGAAUUACAGCGAUGAGGAGAUGGAGAUUGAAAUAGAGGAUGAAAAUUAUGAAGUUGUAGAAGACCCUGUGAAAGAGCCACCAAAAAUACCUGAGCCACAACCAGAUGUGACUAAAAAGGAAUUUUCCCAAAUUCCUCCCUUAGAAUAUGAGGGUUAUUCUCCUCCCUCCUCUCCUGUCGACUCUGAAUACUCACCUAAACACAAGAUCCUGAAAUCUGAUUUGGAUACAGAUAAUAUGAAGACCACAGUAACUAAUGAUGAGUCAAAGGGCUCAAGUGCUGAGGUUUCACAAGCACAGAAAGUGGAGUCUGACCAUUCACAGACCCCCAAUGAGUCUAAUGGAAAGUCUUCCCCUUCUACUGCCAAACCUCCCGAGAAAACCGCAGACAACCUUUCAGACUUUCCAGAAUAUGAUGACGAUGACUGGUCAACUGGCGCGCAAGAUAUCUUAAUUAAAUUGAGCUCUGCUAAUGUUGCAGCUCAGGAUCUUCCACUUUGCCCCUCCAAGUUUGAAGAGAAGCCAGAGUCUGAUGUUAAAGAGGAUUAUAUGCAGACAGUUGAGCUUUCAAAACCCAACGACAUGGAGGAUGACGCAAUCCGUAAAUACGACAGACAGUCUUUUGAAGAUGAAGACUCACUUCCAUCCAUGAAUGACACCAUUGAUGAUCAAGAGCUGAACUUUAACACUGUACCUGAGCCUUCUCCUUCCAAUCCAACCUCACAGAUCCAUAUUGGAACACUACUCUCUCAAAACAAUGCAACCACUGUGGAGCAGGAUAUCCCCUUGAUGGCUGACGUGGACUCCUUCCCCAUGCCAGUUGGAGGCCAGCCAUCUCCCAGGGAGUUUCCCAAAGAUCCAUUCGCCUCUUUCCAGAGUGAACUGCCUGGCAGCACCCUGGAGCCCAAGACUGAGAAGAAAUUGAAUGAUGAAAUCCUCAUUACAGAUAGUGUUGUCAACAGCAAGACACUUCCGCCUCAGGAAGCUGAAGCAGGACACCAGUCACCAGACAAUACCAGUGACCCAGAAAGCAUUGAGCCGGACUGCUCAGUCUCUGGUGCCACGGACAGCUUCGUCGAGUUCAUGAGGGAGUGCCUGAAGUCACGACAGGAUGAAGAUCCAGAAGACCUCCGUCAAGAUCUCACAGCCAAGGAUGAGUGUCCUAAAACAGGCGCCCCUCCCUCCCAGCCCACACCAACCAUGGUCAUGGAUCUGGAGCAGGAACGCCUCACUAUCAAUGCCCUCAAAGAGUUGGGCAGCAGCCAAGAGGAGGAGGCUGACCUCCAGUCUACUAUCAAGGCUUCUGAGAAAUCCCAGUCUUCCUUUAUAUCAACAACCUCCGACCCUCCUUCUCCCCAAAACAAACCUGCUUCCGACGGUGUAUAUUCCAACGAGGUAGAGGCCAUGGACGUGUGGGUGGCUGAGGCCUACCACCUUGCAGAGCAUGUCUUGGCAGCAAUACUAACGCACUUGUCAGGUAACAUGUCUUCCCUCUGGGAUCUGUGCCUGCUAACCUCACACAAGCAAAGCACAAUGAUCCCUCUUCCCCUCUCUCUCUCUUGCACCUUUCUCCCAUCUUGGUCCUCCUAUUCAAAAUAGGAGCACAUUAACUAUAUAACAUAUGGUAUAUAAUCACAAUGUUGAUUCUUUAAAAAAAAAUCUGAUACAGGCGCCAUGGCUUUAUUACCGAAAUAUUUAUUUUAGAGUGCAGAUAUUACAAAAGUCAAAAGGUUCAAACUAUAUAUUGUGCUGUGUGUGUAUUUUCCAAAUGAUCCCCCAUGUCCUUAAGGUUGGCAGUAAUCAUGGUCGGACAGUGGGUGGUGGGCAGUUCAAACGUGGCUUCAUGGUGUCUGCUUGCAAUGUCCCUGGAAGUCAGGCGGCAUAGUCGGUCCACCAGCGUUGGGUUUCUGCUUUGGGCGACGUUCCACGCUACAGUGCACUUGAACAGGACGGGAGACGAUCAUUCCAGAGACUGAUGGUCAUUUUCACGGAGCGGACUUUACUCAACCUUUUUUAUGAUGACAUCAUUCAUUAUUGUGAUCCUGCUGGAUUAUUGGAUGUUACAAAGCAUGUCCAGACUCAGUAGAGAGUUAUGUGAAAAAUGCUCCGAUAUUCAUGAGUCAUUGCGGGCUGCUCUCAGAUCUGUAUGUGCCUAAGUGUGAGUUGGCAAAAGGCCAUACAGAUGGGACCAGGCUAGGGGGCAUUGGCCCUCUUUGUAUUUUGUGUGAAAAUUGUCACAGUAGGCUGAGAUGCAGGGUACCAAUCAAUCUAAUGAAUCUCCUCUUGAAUCAUGGUACAGCCCCCCCCCCCCCUCCUUAUCUGGAAAAUUAUAUGCCGUGUGUGACCAAUUUUGGUUUUUAAUGGUACAAAGGAUGCAGUAAAUGAACUUCUGCUCAAUAUCUAUCUCAAAUCGGCAAAUCAAAUAUUUGUCACAUGCACCGAUUACAACCGGUGUAGACCUUACAGAGAAAUGCUUACUUACGUGCCCUUAACCAACAAUGCAGUUUCAGAUAGUAUUUACAAAAACAAACUGAAGUAAAAAAAUAUAUAUAUAUAUUUUUUCCAUAUGAUCAUCCAAUAUUGCAUACAUUAUCACUGCUGUCAUUGUUACAUACCAUCUAACAAGCUGGAACGUCUAUUCUAUUUAUAUACAUUUAGUGUAAUGGGUGUGUGCUUUUGAUUUACCCAGUGGCAGGAUAGCCCUCUUCACGGUGUAGUGUUAAAGUAAAUAGGAGACCUCUUCCUAUUCUCUUCCUGCUCAGUGCAAAAAGGAAAUCCAAACGUGGCACACAUUGACUGGUAUGCAGACAAGUGAAUGCAGGAUGCACUCAAACCCGUACAGUCGCUGUGAGCUUAACCUACACCACGGGCAUGCUAUGGAACGUUAGGUCAUCACGGAGGCAACCAGUAACUCUGGGAAGGUAUAUGCCAUGCAGUCGUGGAGGGAAUGAUAAAGUAUUACAGUGAGUACUGUUUGAAAGAUGCUUUAGCACAAUGUGUUUAUAGUAAAGUGAUCAAUAAUGCACUAUAUAUACACAGAGUUUACCCAACAUUGUGGAAACGCCUUCCUCAUAUUGAGUCCCCAACCCCUUUUGCCCUCAGAACAGCCUCAAUUCGUCGGGGCAUGGACUCUACAAGGGGUCAAAAGCGUUCCACAGGGAUGCUGGCCCAU